CUUAUCCUCUGUGCCUUCAUACAGUUCCCAGCAAAGCACUGGAGCAGUUAAGGUGGAGAAACACUGAGGUGAGGGAGAAGGAUGAGAGUCAUUCACUGGGGUGGGGGCUUCACUUACUUGUGUUAUGAGAGAGUGGGUUGACAGUGCCAGGGAAUUGUAACAAGUUGUUUUCUCUUGGCAGGAAAAGGAAGAAUACCACAUCAGUCAUAUUAUAAUCCCGGAUCAGGAGGGAGAGUCUAAUUACUGUUCCAUGGAGAACGAGGAGGAACUCCUUUUUAUUCAAGAAGAGCUGGGGCUUCUCACCUUAGGUUGGAUUCAUACCCAUCCAACCCAGACAGCCUUCUUGUCGAGUGUGGAUUUACACACUCAUUUUUGCUAUCAGAAGAUGCUCCCAGAAUCCAUUGCAGUGGUGUGUGCACCCAAAUAUAAACAAGUCGGAAUUUUUACAUUAACCUCUUAUGGAUUAAAAGAAAUAGCACUCUGUCCCCAGAGAGGAUUUCAUUCUCAUAAUCAGGACUCAGCUCUCUUCUGUGACUGCAGUCACGUCACCAUCCAAAACAGCCUGGUGACUGUCACAGAUUUGCGAUGAGUUAAAUCCCACACACCUAAAUCAGUGGGAGACUGUGUGUGUGUGUGUGUGUGUGUGUGUGUGUGUGUAUUGUGCGUGUGUAUUUUGUUUAUAUGUGAGUGAAUGUAGGAUGGUGUAUGUGUAUAUGUAUAUGUGUUCAAUCUAUGUUGUGUAUGUUACAUCUGUUUCAUGUAUGUUACAUCUUUGUCAUGUAUGUUCACUGGUGUGUAUGAAUGGCACACUGUACUCAUUCACAGAGCCCAGAGGAAGACACUGAUGUGUGCUCUAUUAAUGAAUUAGAAUAGUAUAUCAGUCAUUCAUAAUGACUAGAAAUUGAUUUUAUUAUAUAGUUUACUUGUUAUUAGUUUUAGAUGAUAUUUUCUGGCCAGGAUCCAGUAUAGGAGUAAGGGCCCAAUGCACGCACUUGCUGGCUUGCCUCACCUGCCUCAGGGAGCCUAGAGGACAGGUUGUAAUGCCAAUGCUCACUGUCCUGAAGACAGUCCUCCUGAGUGACCACUCUGGCUACAACACAACUCUAAAGGAUGUUUGGCCAAGAGAGAGAAGACUACUUACCUAAAAAGCUUGUUUUGAAGUACGUAAAGUUCCCUAGCUCUGAUGAACUCACCACUGAGGCUAAUGCUUACAGCAAACUGCAAAUAAAAAUGCUGUCCUGCGCAAGGGAUGCUGGGACAAAUUCACUGCCAGUGACAGUCUGGCCAAAGCAGCUCACCAUGAACUGUGCUCGGGCGCACACUCUCUGCUCACAUUGGCCCUGUCUAGAAAUUUCCCAUAAUUUUCACAGAAACUUGUAUUUUCUUUAUAUAAGUGUGUUUUGAAACAGAUUUGUAGUUUCUUAAAAAUUCUAUUUAGUUCUGUAAUUAAAGUUGAGUUUUGUGUCAAGCUCUUGAGUCUUCCUUCUGAUCAGGAGUCAAAUAACCAUGUUAAGUGAGAGAUGUGAUUGCCAGCUAAUAGGAUUAGUAGGUACUGGUGGGCAACCUUGUCCUAGUUGCCUGUUUCUCCUUUAUUUCCUUUUUCAUUUUUCUGUCUUUCUUAUUUAUUGUGACUGGAUCUCAGUGUGAAGCAAUGUCUAGUCUGAAAUUCACUUUAUAGUCCAGGCUGACCUGGAACUUACAAAAACUCACCUACUUCUGCUUCUCAAGGGUUGGGAUUAAACAUUUCAUUGCUGUGGUUUUAAAUUUUAA